AUGGCACUACCUUCAGCCGUCGUUGAGGAGGGUGUGAGCACAGUGUUCUCGUACAUCUCAACCAAGGUCGAAGACAAGGCGUCCAGAGCAGACACAAUCGCAAGGCUCGAGAUUGCACUCGCUCGCUUGGACAUUGCCCUUGAGAAGACAGGGAGGAUACCAAUCACAUACGUGUCCUUGCUACGUAGUAGGAAGGAUAUCAAGGGAGUCUAUAUGGAGGGGACAGAACUGCUCAACAAGCACAAGAAGCCGCAGAAUGAGAACGAUGGCCACGUGGUGGUAAGGAGUUCCUCCUACCUUCAAUGGAUCGCCGAUAGGGCUGCAAACUUCUCCAUCUCUUCUCUUGUUGGCUUGGGCAAGGAGAAGUUGAGUUCCUCCGUUGCCCAAAAAUUUGAGAGGUAUGCAGACUGGGCUGAAAAGUUUGUAGCAGAGGUGGAGUCCGGCUGCCCACUCCGUCUUGACACCUUCCGCUAUCCAUUUCUUAAGCAUCUUCUUGAAGGGGAAAAGUCUCAGGACACUUUCCAUUCCUAUGUUCUUCCACCCAGUUACAUCAAAGAAAAAUAUGGACAUCUCACAGAUUUAAUCCGCCCCGAUCCAAUAUGUUGCAAUGGAAAUAGCUGCGGAACUCUAGCUAAGAAUUCUUCAAUCGAAAUUCCGGAGCCAGUUAUUCUUGUCUAUUUUAGUUGCUGUAUUUCAGCGCCCAAAAACAGCUUGCGUAACGCACCUCUGGUUCUGGACGGGAUUUUUGUGCCUCAUGUGUCUUUGUACUCCAACGAUGAGAUGAUUCGUAUUCAGUAUGGAGGCAAACAGGAAAAUAGAAGCGGUGGUAGUGUGCAACAACUGGAGGAGAUAGCAAGAUCAGAUGCGCUCGAUUAUUUGGUCCAUGAACCAGAACCCACGGAUUAUGCUCUGUGCUGGUUAUCCACGCAUGGUGUUGCAUUCGUCACACUGAAGGCCAUGCCAAGACCCAGCCGGAGGGUUUCUAAGAGAAAGCGGUAG